AUGGCACGCGUUGCAUCUGGCAUAUAUUUCUAUGCUGUUCUUUUUUAUAUUAUUUUGAGGAAAGGGGCCUCGGAAAAUGAUACGAAAGAACCAGGAGUUACGGCCAGGGGCGAUAUCAUCAUAGGAGGACUGUUCACCAUUCAUCAAGGUGUAGAAAAAAAUGACAGUUCCUUUGCUCCCCUACCUCAUAGGUGUAUUCGGUUAUCAGUCAGAGGCUUAUCAAGAUCUCUGGCUAUGAUCAAUGCAAUUGAGACCCUGAAUAAAUCUCCUUUACUGAUGGGUCUUAACAUCACUCUGGGCUACCGGAUCCAAGACUCCUGCACUGAUAUCAGUACAGGUCUGAGAGGCACAGCUGACUUCAUUGAGCAGGCAAAGUGUGUGACAGAACACGCAGCAUCCACAUGUGGGCCGCCACUUGUCGCCAUCUUGGGGGCGUCCUUUUCUGAAAUGUCUAUUGUGAUUGCCAGGCAACUUGCCCUCGACAUGAUUCCUCAAAUCAGUUAUUCAUCAACUGCUGUGAUUCUAAGCGACAAGGAACGCUUUCCCAGCUUCUUAAGGACAGUUCCUAAUGACGAGUAUCAGACGGCUGCCAUGGCCAGACUCAUCGAACUCCAUGGCUGGAACUGGGUGGGAAUAGUCAUCUCAGAUGGUGAUUAUGGUCGCUUGGCGCUUGAGCACUUUGCAACUCAAGCAUCUGAAAAUGGAAUCUGCAUCGCAUUCAAAUGUAUCCUUCCACACAGUGUUACGGGUGAGGAUUUAGAGUUAGCUGUCACAAAGACUGCCAAAACCAUCCUUCAAAAUCCCAAGGUGCAAGCGAUUGUGUCCUUUUCAAAGUCAGUCCACAUGGCAGCCAUUUACAAGGAAUUGAGGAACGAGGUGCAAAGAAAAGGGCAAAGUGUAGAGUCUAUGAGAAGAGUGUGGUUGGCCAGUGACAGCUGGUCCACCGCAGGCACUGUACAAGGAAACCUAAACCUGGAAGACAUAGGGCAGGUUGUGGGUUUCAACUUCAGAACUGGAAACAUGUCAUCUUUCAACGGGUACCUGGAUAGGCUGGAAGCGACUGGAUACGACAGCACAUGGAACAACACUUUUCUGGAAGAGCUGUAUAGGCAGAUAAAUGAAAGCAACACUCAACCGGCAUCUGAAGUUGUGAAGACCAUCAAAGAACAAACAAACCCAGCCAUUGUUUUAAGCGUUGAAUUGGCCGUGACUGCCACUGCUCAAGCUAUUGCCUCACUCUGCAAGAGCAGAGAUUGUAAAACCCCCGGCGAACUGCAACCCUGGCAGGUAUUGGAAGCUCUUCGGCAGCAUCACUUUGACUUCCAAGGCGAGAGAUACACCUUUGACCACCGGGGAGACAUCAACGAAGGUUACGAUAUCGCAGUGUGGCGGUCAAUUGAUGGGAAAAUUGAUGUUCAUGACAUCGUGGCUGAAUACCACCCGACAAGCAACAGCUUCACUCAAACAAACGGCGACUUUAUCGUUCGUUUUCCAGACUUGCAGCACAUCAUCUCUAAAUGCUCCAAUAGCUGCAUGCCUGGGGAGUUCAAGAAAACAUCUGAAGGUCAACACACAUGUUGUUAUGAGUGCAUCAACUGCACUGAAAAUUACUACUCCAAUGACACAGAUAUGGACCAAUGUAUGCGCUGCGAUAAAAAAACAGAGUGGUCUCCACAGGGAAGUUCUACGUGCUUUCCCAAAACACUCAUCUACUUCAAGUGGCAGGAUCGCUUUGCCAUAGUCCUCCUGACGUUGUCUGCUCUGGGUAUCCUGCUGGUUCUGAUGGUGUCGGCGCUAUUUUUUCAUUAUCGAGAGACUCCUGUAGUGAAGGCCGCCGGAGGACCCCUCAGCCAGGUCAUGCUGUUCUCGUUGGUUUUCAGUUUCAUCAGCGCCGUGCUGUUUGUCGGGCAGCCCAACUCGCUCCAGUGUAAAGCACGCCAAGUGCUCUUUGGCAUCAGCUUUACGGUGUGCGUGUCCUGCAUCCUUGUCAAAUCCAUUAAGAUCCUUCUGGCGUUCCAGUUGAAUAUUGACAUGCAAGGUGCUCUCCAGAAAGUCUACCACUCCUACCUGAUAGUCCUCGCAUGUGUCGCGUUGCAGGUUAUCAUUUGCAUUGCCUGGCUGGUCUUGAAAAGCCCUUAUAAAUACCUCAUUACGUUGCCCAAAACUCUCCUGGAGGACUGUCACGAAGGCUCCUAUGUGGGUUUUGGUGUGAUGCUGGGCUAUAUAGCACUCUUAGCUUUCAUUUGCUUCAUCUGCGCCUUCUUAGGACGUAAACUGCCACAACGGUACAACGAUGCGAAAUUCAUUACUUUUAGCAUGCUGCUUUACCUUACCUCCUGGCUGAUCUUUAUCCCCAUCUACAUCACAACAUCUGGAGUGUAUCUUCCCGCCGUGGAAAUGGCGAUCAUUCUCAUCUCCAACUAUGGUAUCGUAUGCUGUCAUUUUCUCCCCAAGUGCUACAUUAUCUUAUUUAAAAAAGCUCAAAACACUAUCAGUGCUUUCAGGAAAAAGCUGUAUGAGUAUAACGUAAAGAGUACAGAUUCCAUUUGUGUGAGCGGAAGUUCAAUAUCAGAGAAAAAUGUCAGCAGCCAUUCCCCAACCUCCUCGCCCGAAGAUGACUUUGUCAAACCCUCCUUGGAGAAACUCUACAGUAACAGAGACAGUUUCAAAGUUUCGUAUAGAGGAAAAAACAACUGCUUAGAUCGAUUCAGUCCCCACAGAAGAAGUAUGAGCAUGUAG